UUUUAGACAUGCAUUUGCUCUGGUUGCAUUUAUUUAUCAAUUUAUUCAUCUUAAUCAGUGCAUACGAAAAUAUUGCUCUGAGGAAACCAGCAUGGCAGCGUUUUCCGUAUAGCGGUCGACCUUGGUGGGGAGCAGAUCGCGCUGUGGACGGACGGUAUUCAGACCUAUCUCAAUAUGACAACCAGUGUACAAUAUCCGGAAAUUAUCAGCAAGUUGCAGAAUGGAGGGUGGAUCUCCAAGAAGUCCUUAGCAUGCAUCAUAUUGUUAUAUACUAUAGGACGGACAAUGAGCCUUGGGGAAAUCCUAGUAAAUACUCGGGGCGAUUUUUGGGGUUCUCUGUCUACAUAUCAAACACAACGAAUAAAGAGGACGGGAUAACGUGCUUCAAAGAUAGAAACUUUACUAGAGCAACAAUAGAGAAUCCUUUAACGAUAAGUUGCCCUAAUCACGGACGUUACGCUAUCUACUACAACAAUCGAACACAGCCCCCGUUUCCUUCUGGCUAUUCUACAGAUGGAGCAUACAACGAAAUCUGCGAAUUUGAGGUUUAUGGUUGCCCAACACCAGGAUAUUACGGAGAGAACUGUUCUUUAUCGUGUCCACAGAACUGUCAGGAAGGUCACUGUCACAUCAAGGAUGGAACCUGUCUGAGGUGUACCGAUGGAUACAAAGGUCCAACUUGUAAUGAACAAUGCAACGGCAAAUCGUACGGUCAAAAGUGUCAGCAAAAUUGUGGAAACUGUAAAAACAAUGAACAGUGUCAUCAUGUGAACGGAAGUUGUAUAAAAGGUUGUGCCAGUGGAUUUUAUGGCACAAAAUGUGACCUAACUUGCCCUGAAGGUCGAUAUGGCUACUAUUGUGAGGAGCACUGUAACAUCAACUGCGGAGUUCCAUACAGAUGUGACAGGGUGACAGGACAGUGUGAGGGAGGAUGCCAAGUGGGAUGGAAAGGGGCCACGUGCGAUACACAAUGUAAUGAAGGAAAGUUUGGUCAGAAUUGCAACCAUACCUGUGGACAUUGCCUUGACAAUGAGCAAUGUAAUUACAUCAAUGGUACAUGUCCCAAUGGAUGUGAUAUUGGUUAUCAAGGAACUCAAUGUACACAGGUUUGCAGUAAUAAUACACAUGGAGAUGGAUGUUUGCUUAAAUGUGGGAACUGUUUAUAUCUGUACGGAGAACAAUGUCAUCACGUGACUGGUCAAUGUCCACGAGGAUGUGACAUUGGCUACCAUGGCGAUCGCUGUGACCAGGGUUUUGAAGGUUUAAUUCAUCCUGUAUCUGAGAGCCAAUUAUCCACUUCACUCUAUGUCUGUACGACAUUUCUUAUCUUAAGUGGAUUACUAAAUGCCAUUUUUGUUGUCAGAUUUCUCAGAGAACGAAGAAAGACAAUGCGCAAACAUCAAAAGAACUUGAAAAGUGAAAGUGAAAGGAACAAAGAGUUGGAGCACUCAAUGCCAAUCCCCGAGUGUUCGCAAUAUCAAUAUGAAAACUUCUCUCUGUAUGAGGAACUUGGGAUAUCUAAAUAGAAUAAUACUUGUUCUUGCCAUUGAAAAAAAACCUUUGCUGCGCAAAAAAGCCCCCCCCCCCCCCCCGAUGCCUACCUGCCUGAAAUAUUAAAGAUUUUUUUAUCUUAUUCGAAUGAAGAACUAUUUUCUCCGAACAAUAAUAUGGUGAUGGUGAUUGUAAAGUUAUUCUAUCAAGCAAAUUUACCUUAAUCCAAAAUAGGGAAAAUAAAAUUGAGAAGUAUUCAAACUGUUAUCAAAUUUGAUCAAUUUUAAGCCAUCAUGUCUUUUGAAAUUAUGCAGCAUUCGUUCAAUAUCAUUUGAUAAAAAGGAUAAAAACAAUCUUUUUCAUAAAAAAAAACAUUAAAAAUUAAGAAAAUACAAUUCCAGUUUGUUUAUAAAAUAUUCGUUGUAAAUUUAUCCAUGGUAAGGAUCCAAAGACUAGUAUUAUUUAACCUGCCCUAAAUUAUAACGUGAAUAUCAUUCUCUUUCUAUAAAUUUUGGAUUGUCGUCCUUAGAGAAGUUUGUGUUAUUUUCUUUUUCUAUGUCCAGAUAUAGUUUUCGUUACUAAUCUUUACACUUGGAUAUAUUGCUUUCAUUAUUACUUUUAGAGGCACUUUUCAAUGCUUACAUGCACUUGUUUGUUUACUGUUAUUCCUUUCCUGUAUAGUUUUUAUUUGUCAAAACAGUUAUUUGACAGUAUGGUUUUUUUUAUCAACCUAGCUGUGUUGCUGCAACAAUCGAUCAAUUUCAAAUCAUUGCCAAUUAUGACCGAAAUGAUUAUGGAUACCUUCUUUGACCAUAGAAACAAAUUUUGACAGUCUUAUGUACUGUAUUCAAUGGUACAUGUAUUUUAUAUUUGUACUGAGUCAACGUUUGGUCAGUCACAUCAAUGUAUCUGACAUUUGUUCAUAUAUUUGGUAACUUUCUUAUUGAUAUUUUGUCUUUUGUGUAUUACUGGGAUUUCAUUAAUAUUCAAUGGUAUCAAUUUUCGUGGAUAAAGUGAAAAUCACAGUUUCAAGGAUAAAUUCGUGGCCAAUGACCCUAUCAAUACAAAUGUUAAUAGAUCUAUGAAUUGCACUUCAAUGAACAUUUAAUUUCGUGGAUCAGCCUAACAACAGAAUCCACGAAAAUUGGUAUUUAACGAUCAUUGAUGAAACCACAGAAUAUUAUUCGUAAUUUCUUUAACAUACAUUUCUAAUAAUGCUUUUAUUCAUGUAAUUUGUAAAGUGAUGGCAAUACACGCCGUUCCCAAUUCUUCCCACAGGGAAAAACUUUGCAUUUUUAUUACAAAAAUCAAUGAUUGGCAAAUCGGAUUCGAAUUUGUCAAACCUAUGUUUCACUAUUCAAAUGUGCUAGCUGUAAUAUAUACUUGCUUUUAUAAAACAAAAUACAAAACAGACAUUUUUUUAUUAUAAUCAUAACUAACAAAAAUAGUUUAAAACCUGGUUCUAUGGUCAUACUAAAUAUUGUUGAAGGGGCAGUUUCAGCAUUAAGAUAAAAAUGAAAUGCAUUUUUGAUUAUUUUUUGUAAACAUUAAAUCGAUAUCAUUUCAUCAAUUAUUGUUGAAAUGUACAUUUGUUCGUUUGCCAGUCAUCCAAAGUCUGUGGCAACAGACUUUAAAAUAUUACGCACUUUAAAAAAAAAAGUUCAAUGUGCGUCUAACUUGUUACAAAAUCAGCUCAUUUUGGCUUUUCUUUUCAAAGUGAGUUAAUUUGGGGACCAAAUCAGAGCACUUUGAUCUUUAUUUCAAAGUGAAUAAAGAGUGUAAACAUUCAUAUCUUUUUCAUUAAGAAAUUAAUAAAACUAUUUACUGAUGUUGCAUUUUUUCAGAAUAAGUGUUCAUUUUUUUUAAAACCUUGUUAAAUCUGCUCUAUAGAUACGACAUCCAAUGAUACAGUCAAAUUACAAAUAUAUUAAUCAAAUAAUCAAAUUGAGUACUCGAAGAAUGCAACCGCAUCUUUUCUUCCCAAACAUCAUAUCACAUUCUUGAACUUUGAUAAAUAAAGUUUAGUCAUAGAAAAAUAUGUUGAUCAAUGCAAUCAAUAUGUUAUUCUAUGUUAUUAUGAGUUUCAAGUCAUAAAACCACUUCUCACAUUUACUCUAAACGAAUCAUUUCGAUGUUAAAAGUAAGGUAGUUACAUGUACAGCUGUUAGAUUAACUACUUUAUAAAAAGGCAUUUCAGAAUGCACUUUUUGCAUUGAUUUUCAAAAAAUAUAUCAGAUUAAAACUGUUAAAUCUAUUGAAUAAAGAAAUUGAUUAUAAAAUAUACAGUCCAAAGAAUUAUAAAAAACAAACAAACAAACAAACAAAAAAGAAAAGACAUAUGAUGGUUACUCUGCGCAACUGAUGUGAUAUUUUGACAACAAAUCUGAAUGAACUCCUGAACUUUGUUGUUCAUUGUGCAAAUGCAAUUUAGAAUAGCUAACAUUUUUUAAAAAUUCUUUUGUUGAUGUCCCAUCGAGCUAAGUAAAAAAAAUCAUCUUAAAAGGUCUCAAGAACUUCGACUGUGCCCUGUACAUUUUUUGUUCAAAGAAUAAAAGUUUGUAAACUUACUCCCAGGUUAAACGUACUUUGAAAAAAAAAAUACAAAUGUGUGACUUUUUAAAGCUGACAUGAAUUUAUAAAUAUGCAUUUUUUUCCUUUUAUCUCCGACUACCGCCAUAUAAGUUGUCGGUUUCUAUUGUUCUGCUCAUCGCUACACACCCCCUAUAUAAGGCCGAGAUCACUAUUCAUGUUUCACCGCAUUCAGGAAUUUCAUACACCCGAACACGUUACCUUGGACGAAAAGACUUGUAAAAACGCGUUUAGAACAAAAAUCAUAUGACAAACACUGCAUUGGUAAGAUAUUUUCAAUAAACGACGAAAGAAGACAGACUGAAAUCCAGGCGCAGAUACUUCAAAAAUUCCUCGAUAACUGUAGACCGUUUUCCUGUGUAUGUUAUAAAUCACACAUGCACAAACCACACACUGCGGCAGAUCGAGCAAUGUCAAUUCUCGCAUGGAUUUUUUAAAAAAAACGGUGCGUUUUUGUAUGAAUGGAUGGAAAAACGCUUACUUUCUUGGAGUUACUAUCAUUUAGCUACUGUGUUGGAUGUAGUGUCGCCGGGGUUUUCAAGAAGAUGCAGACGUUAUGCACUCUAUAUGAACGGCACACGAGUUCAAUGUGCAUGCGAAGUAAGACAGCCCUGUCUGUGCAAAAUAAUACGGAUACCUUGGCCAUCCUUUCAAAGAAUAAAUAUAUUUUGUAUUUCAUUGUUGUAUUCUUUUUUCUUUAUUACUACAUUUUACCACAAUGUGUAGUUCAUGCAUUUAGAAGUCCGUGCAACGUGAAAGCCUCGAUCGGAAAGCAACCGACCGUAACUUUCUCAACCGGUAUAUAUAUAUACCCCAGUGGCAAUAGAGGAGCGAUUGAAACUAAUAUGGCGACCAAAGGCUUUUAUGAAUUCAUGUCAGCUUUAAAGUGUUGUAACAAACGUGAAGAAUUAAGUAACACCGUACUUAUAAAAAAAGACCAAUCACGGUAAACCAGAGGAAUACACCAAAUUGUCUACAGCAUGCUAUGACAUUCUUUCUAUCAUAAGUUGUUAACAAACACUAACUUUUUUGAAAUCUUUUUCU